AUGGCGCGCCUGGAGGUGGACCGGGCCUUCCCCCGCUCGUCGCGGGGCUCGCUGAAGAUCGCCCGCGUGCUGGUGGCGCUGGCCACCCUCCUGUGCUUCGUGGCCUCGGGUUCACACAAGGCCUAUGUGGCGCUGGCCGGCAUGGARACGGUGCUCACCAUCCUCUUCCUGCUGCUCUACCUGCUGAAGCUCGACACGCAGAUGCGCUGGCUGUGCUGGACGCUGGCUGAUAUUAUCAACUCGGUGAUUGCAGCAUUGUUCCUCCUCGUUGUGUGCUUGUUUGCAAUAAUAAUGAGGACCAACAAGGGGACAUUGGCUGGAGGAGUGUUGGGUCUUGUAUUGCUUGUUCUCUGCCUUGUCGACGCGCUUCUUCUUUGCAAGACAAUGAACUUUGGUAAAGCAAGAGGAAGGAGUGCUGCCAAAUAAGAUUGACAUGUUAGUGAAGGAAUAAUCUCUCCAUUCUGUUUCCCCACUCUCUUUUAAAGGAUUUGUAUUUUCAGGUGCUCACCUUUGAAUUUCCUGUGCCCUGAUGUUUUUGCAAGUAUAGUUCAAUAAGGUUUCGUACUUUUCCUAAUGCAGUUUCAGCGCUGCAAUUUCACCAGUUAAAGCUUUAGAGAAAAUUGUUCUGUUUUUCUAAACUUAAUUACAUUUUUACCUGUAUGAAAAUUAUUUUCAUGACUGCCUUCUUGGUCUAAUAAAAAGAAAAU